AUGGUAUCCACUGCUUCAUCUUGUCAUGAUGAUUGGAUGUUUAUCCGAUCCGUAUCCACUGGAAAUGUCAUCACUGCACAAAACGACUUGACCGAUCCUCGACGAUCUCAGGUGAUGGUUGCUGCACCACGAUGUAUCGAUGAAGAGUUGUGGCGAUGGGAUGGUCAAUUUUUACGCAACAAAGCAACCAAUCUUGUUCUCGACAUUCGAAAAGGGCGGCUGCGCUUGAUUCAAGAAACAGAAAUCUGCUUAUAUGACGCAAAGCCUGUAGAAGAAGCACACAACCAACUUUGGGGCGUACGAGAAGGGAUUAUGGAUGCACUUGGUAGACAGCAACCUGGCAAUGUGAUUUAUUCAUUAAGCAAUGACGAUUGGGUGUUGGAUAUCCACUCGAAUCCAGAGAAUGGCACAUGCAAGUUGAUUCUUUUUCCAUUUCAAGCCGUCGACAAUGACUUUCAACUUUGGACCUUUGUGAAUGAAAAUGACAAAGAACAACUCGACAUGGCUCCAGCCAUCAAAAACACCCUGCCAUCCAGUACAAUCCCUAGCUCCGAAGCCGAAAUGUACUCCCAAGGUCUAAGUCCUGCUAAGCGUGGAUCCCAAAGUUCGGUUACGAUGCUAUCACUCGAUGCAUAUCGUGAAUGUCAUCAAAUGGUUUAUCUUGAACGUAAUCCGCGUCUCAGCGACAAAGCCAUUGCCAUGGCAGCUGCUUAUGAAACCUGGCAAAAAUGGAACCAAGAACGUAUGGGUGCCGAUACCAUGCCUCAAGUAGACAAGAUCCGAUCGAUGCUGCAGUCGUCUGCAGAGAACGAGGCCAGCCGUAUUUUUGAUCAGUGUGAUCAGCUGAGCAAUCACAAGGAAACGGCAUUGAAUUUGGCGUCGCGUUUGGUCAUUCAGCUUUAUGAACAAGUGCUCACUUCCCCAUGA